CGUUGAUGAAUCUUGGGGGGAUAAACUCACAAGUGACCAGCACCCUGUUAACCCAAAUCUUUGGAGCCUCAUCCCCUCCAUCCAUGGACCCGAGACGGCUGGCCUCCAUCAUAGCCAUCUUGUUGUUAGCCUCGCCUACCAUCGCCUCCGGAAAAUACUGCCCCCCUUCUUCUUGCGGAGAUCUCCGGAACAUAAGCUACCCCUUUCGCCUGACCACCGAUCCUUCCACCUGCGGUGAUUCCCAGUACCAACUCACCUGUGAUCAGAACCGAACCGUCUUGGAGCUGUACCCGACUAGAUACUACGUGGAGGAGAUCUUUUACGAGGACUACGUGGCCCGUGUCGUCCCCAGCGAUCUUGAUGCCACGAGCUGCUCCCCACGGUCUCUACCCUUCCUGCCUCCGAGUUUAUUCAGGACGUAUGGCGAUCCCUACUACGUAUGGAGCCGGAACAGCACCACAUUCGUGACUUGCCCCGCAUCAUCGGUGGACGAACCUUCGUAUAUCCCCAUCACUUCUUGCGUCGAUAACUCUUCCUCCUCCUCCAAAGAGUACCUGUAUGCGCUGGUGGGCGACUUUACGGUGGCCGCUCUUCGGAACAGCUGCACUACCGCAGGGACGGUGCCGGUGACGGGCACGCUUCGGAAUCGCACGCAGGCUGCGGUUCGCGACGUGCUGGUGGGAGGGUUUAACAUCUCGUGGGCCACCGCCGUGCUGUGCCGUCGCUGCGUGGCUGAAGGGCUCCAAUGCUUGUAUUAUACAGAACAUUUUUCCUAUAAAGAUCCUUGGCCCGCUGUCUUUCAGUACCGUUGGACGGGGUUCGACGUCUGCCAUAUUUCAUGCAACAGUUCACUCCAAUCCGCCUCUUGUUUCUUCCAACAAUUAUCAUCCACCAUACAAGUUUUUUUAGGAUGGUUCGCCGAGGUUGAAGGACUCUUUAUCAUACCAGCACGAACCAUCAUUGGGAUAUCAUGCCUGCUGGUCUACCUUGUAUACAAAUUACGAAGGCGGCAUAGAUCGCUGGACAACAGAAUCGAAGAUUUCUUGAAUGACUACAGGAAUUCCAUGCCCAUCCGAUACUCUUAUCGGCAUAUCAAGAAGAUGACCAAUCAAUUUAAAGAAGAAUUGGGCCAAGGAGGUUAUGGUUCGGUGUUCAAGGGAAAGCUUACAACAGGCCGUCCAGUGGCAAUAAAGAUUUUAAAGAAGGCCAAAGGAAAUGGACAGGAAUUUAUCAAUGAAGUGUCCACCAUUGGAAGGAUUCAUCACACUAACGUGGUGCAACUCAUUGGUUUUUGCUUUGAGGGUUCAAACAGAGCUCUAGUUUAUGAAUUCAUGUCCAAUGGAUCAUUAGAUAAGUAUAUAUAUUCCCAAGAAGGAAGUGCUGAGACUUUGAGUUGGGAGAAAAUGCACGAUAUAGCACUUGGAAUAGCACGAGGGAUUGAAUAUCUUCAUCGAGGUUGUGACAUGCAAAUUUUACAUUUUGAUAUCAAGCCUCACAACAUCCUUUUGGAUGAUAAGUUCAACCCCAAAGUAUCUGACUUUGGAUUAGCUAAACUCCAUCCUAUAGAAGAGAGUAAGGUUUCGGUAACUGCUGUAAGAGGAACCAUAGGAUACAUGGCCCCUGAAUUGUUCUAUAAAAAGGUAGGUGAAAUCUCUUACAAGUCUGAUGUUUAUAGUUUUGGGAUGUUAUUGAUGGAAAUGGCAGGUAGAAGAAAGAAUCUAAACCCACAUGCUCCAAGAAGCAGCCAAAUCUACUUCCCCUCAUGGAUCUAUGACCAGCUUGAUCAAGGAAGAGACUUGGAAAUGGAGGAUGCCACUCAUGAUGAAAAGGAAAUUGCCAAGAAACUCCUGAUGAUAGCACUACAGUGUAUACAAAUGAAUCCAGCAGACAGACCAUCUAUGAGCCAAGUUGUAGAGAUGUUAGAAAAGAAAAUCGAGGAUAUGCAAAUGCCAACAAAGCCUUUUCUAUCAUCUCUAGACAAGGUGUUCAAGGAAGAUCAUACAAUCAACAUGGAAGCCUCGGAAUCAUUAUAUGAGCCUGGAAGCAAUACAGACAAUAGAUCAAAUAAUGAUAUAAUCUCUUGCUCAUCCAAAUGAUAAAGGGAUGUUGCUGCUUUCCGCGCUAGAUCUUUGAUUUCACUUUGUUGCGUGGUUCUACUACAACUAGAAAUGUUAUUUGUGAAAUCAGUUUUCUAUAGCUUAAUUCAAAAGACAAGCUUGCGUUCAUGCAUAAAUUUCAUUUUUUGUCACACAAUUCAUCAUGC